UCAUCACCUCAAUUCCUGGUUGCCCAUCAUUUAAUUAAUUUGCCAGAGACCAGAGAUGGAAAGGUCCAAAUCCAAUAGCUCUAGCUCUUCUCAUUGUGUUGUUGCAGGUUUGCUCAUUCUUUUAGUGUUCAGUCCCAGCGGGAAGUUGUGCUCCGCGGGGAGAGUACUGGAUGCAGUGAAAGCAAGCACAGAUUUCAUAAAGACGUCCUGCGGCACCACAAUGUAUCCCAAGUUGUGCUUCAGCACCCUAUCGGGCUAUGCGAGCGCAAUUCAGACAGACCCCAAGUUACUGGCCGACACCGCCCUAUCCGUGUCGCUCACAAACGCUCGCUCCUCCUCAGCCAUGAUAUCCGAGCUAUCAAAAAGCCAGCUGGCAACGAUGAAACCAAGGGAAGCAGCGGCAAUGCGUGACUGUGUGGAGAUGGUAGGAGACUCAGUGGACGAGUUGCAGAAAUCUAUGGCAGAGAUGAGUCAUCUGGGAGGGCCCGACUUGGGCUUCCAAAUAAGCAACAUCCAGACAUGGGUAAGCGCGGCUCUGACGAAUGAGGACACAUGUAUGGAUGGCUUCGCUGGCAAGGCCAUGGAUAGCAACAUCAAGACCAGCAUUAGGGGCCGUAUUCUCAACCUCGCCCAACUAACGAGCAAUGCCUUAUCCCUCAUCAACAAACUUGUCAACACCUCACCCUAAUCCUCCCUCCCUCCCUCCACUCUGCCCUUAUACUUGCUCUAUAUUUAGUUGGAUUGGAUAUAUAUAGUGGUUAAGUGUACUCAAUUUCAAGUACCCUUUUAAUUAAUUUGCUACUCUUCUUGCUUUUAUCAACUGUAAACCCUUUGUUAUAUUUAUACUUGUAAACAAAGAAGACAGAUAUUAUUUCUA